CUUUGAGAAUAUCAGCUGAUGUACGAAGGGCUAUAUAAAAAUAAAUUUGAUUUGAUUUGAUUUGAUUCCAUCUGUGUAUUACAGUGAUAACUCAGUGAUAAAGGGAUUUACAGUGAAAUUGUUUUUUGGUCACACUUUAAUUGGAUGGUCUGGAUAGUACAUCUGUAGAUGCAACUCCAUGUACUCCAUCAGCAGUGAGGAUGAAGACAGUUACUCCUGUGCUGUAAAACGCCAUGAGGAUCUCAGCUCUCCUGCAGUGUAUAAACCAAAGACCAUAGUGUCAGUCAGUCCCUCUGGUGAAAUAGUGGAGGGCAGUUCAGUGACUCUGACCUGCAGCAGUGAUGCCAACCCACUUGUGGACAAAUACACCUGGUACAAGAAGAAUGCAGCCUCACCAAAAGCAUCAGGACAGAGUUACAGCAUCACUAACAUCAUCUCCGAGGACAGAGGAGAAUACUACUGUGAGGCUGAGAAUAAAUAUGGACGUCUCAACUCUACUUCUGUGCAUGUAGAUGUUCAUUCAGUGUUUCCCUGGGUUCCUGUGGUGGGGGUGGGGGCUGUCCUGACUGCUGGAGCUCUUCUACUCACCAUCUACUGUACUCUGAAGAGUGUCUCCAUCCUGAUCCUAACAGUGAGACAAUGUGAGGGACUCCCCAGUGACACAGCCCCUCAGAUAGACACUUAG